AUGAAUGCUGGUGAUGGCGAUAAAAACGCACGAUGGAACCUCUGUCUCCCUCUCUGCACCCGCACCCUGCACCACAAUGCACCACAAUCAACGUCGCCGUAUCAACAGGUAUUCGUCCUUCUCGCUGCCGUCGCCGUCGGUGUCAACUCGGUGGCAAUCGGUGUAGCCGCCCCAGCUGCUACCCUCGUAAAGACUGAAGAAUAUGACGCUCACCCACAGUACAGCUUCUCGUACGAUGUCCAGGAUGCGCUCACCGGUGACAAUAAGCAGCAGCACGAAACCCGCGACGGAGAUGUUGUGCAAGGACAGUACUCUCUGGUUGAACCCGAUGGCACCCGUCGUACCGUUGACUACACCGCCGAUCCCAUCAACGGCUUCAACGCGGUCGUAUCCAAGUCCAGCGAUGCUGCUCCAGUGCUGAAGACCGUUGCCGCUGCCCCAGCCUACGUCGCCCAUGCAGCUCCGGCCGUCGCCGUACAUCACGCCCCGGCUUUGGCCUACUCGCACGCUCCGGCUCUGGCUGUUGCCCACCAUGCCCCAACCUACGCCUACGCUCAUGCCCCAGCCGUUGCCGUGCAUCACGCUCCAGCUGUUGCCUACCACGCCCCAGCCACCACCCUGCUCCACCACGAACCGGUGCUAUCGCACGCUGUCUACCAUUAA